AUGGCUUUCAAUUCCAAGGUCUUACUUUCUGACAUCUCCACGCUCACCUUCUUCGACGGUGAGCAGACAACCUUUCGUCGAACCUCGCCAGUCGAUCAACUGGUCUGUCGGGGACCUGGGUGCAAGGUCUUCCGGCCUGAGGUCAUCCAAUGCUACAAUAAAGGCGGUUUAGGAACUGAUGUCAAUUGGAAAUGUGAGGCCGACCUCCCGGCCAAAUUGAAACUUGGUCGAGUUGAAGUGGGAUGUGAAGGAUGGUCCAACUCGCAAGAUCCGUAUGUACUCAAAGGCUCAUGCGCCUUGACUUAUACCCUCAAUCUCGAUACCUAUUCGAAAUACAACACUUCUGCGGAAUCUUCUCCAGCCGUAGCUUGGGUCUACUGGAUGGUUGUAAUCCUAAUCGCCUUCCUCUUCGCAUACCCUUAUAUCCGUUCCUUUCUCGUGCGGUUUCUGCCUUGGCUCGAUCCCAUCUUAGCUGAUUCUUCAUCGGGAGGUGAUGGGGGUGGCCCGCCCCCACCCUACAUGCCUGAUCAACCACCUCCCAAAUCUGCACCUAGCACCUCCCAGCCUUGGUGGUCUCCUUUCUUGUCGGGUGUUGUGUCAGGAACUGUGACGCACCUGUUGAGGGGCGCCGAUACGAGAGCCUCCGAUAGACCAUCGACUGGCUUCGCGACCGCACCUUCGUAUGGCCGGUCUCAUCCGACUUAUCGAGGCCAAGGUAGCUCGAGCGACAUGGAUGAUAGCAGUAACUUGGGCCCCAUUCAAACUUCUACUGGAUUUGGUGGAACCAACAAUCGCUAGAUGCUUUUGUUGCACACUUUCUAUACUUCUCCCCAAAAUAAAAAAAGCACUAAAAACAUUUAUCGGAAUUCGAAUUGGCUCUGUAUAUCACAAUCACUCUCACAUAACACUCUGUAGCAAUGAAAAAUUUAAACCUUUGUGUCCA